AUGGUCGAGCUCGCCGGCUAUCUUCACCCGCGCGACGUCCUGACGCUUCUGCGGGAGCGCGAUGGGGGGAGAUAUCCUUCCCCCGGGGCCCUCGGCGAGCCCCCGGCCCCUCACGACGUGGGGUUGGAUAACGUGACCUUCACGCAGGAGUUGGAAUCCUCGAGCGUCGCGGCGGACGGGAUGUCGGCCGGCCCCCAAUCCGACCCCGCCGGGGCCGCUAAUCGCCCUGAGGAAGGCGAGGACACCCAGAAAAAGGCCAAUGUCCACGAGUUCGACCUCACUUUUGUCAACGAAGAGGAGGGUCCUGUCUGUAUGAAGGGCAUUUUCUAUUAUAAGAUCGGCACGCAAGACACGCUGGCGCACGAACCCAUUAAAGCGAUCCCAUUUGGGCACCUGUUGUUAAACUCUUGA